AUGAGAAGAACUCCAAAGAAAUGGGGUGUAGCUAAGUGGACGCCUUUCGAAGAGACGAUGGUUCAAACUUCAUUAACCACUUUUCCAUCGUCGGCUGAAAUAGCGUCAGAACUUCUGGAAGUUAUAUUGAUAAAUUCAGCGUGGAAUUAUCCUUACUUGUUGUCUCUCGAUCCAGUUGUUGGAGCUAUUGCAGCAGGCAAUGCUGUUGUUUUGAAACCUUCAGAGAUAGCACCAGCCACAUCAGCAUUGCUUGCAAAAUUGUUAGGGGAGUAUAUGGAUAGCUCUUCAAUUAGGGUUGUUGAGGGAGCUGUUGCUGAAACAACCGCACUGUUGGAGCAAAAGUGGGACAAAAUAUUUUAUACAGGUAAUGGCAGGGUGGGGCAGAUUGUGAUGGCUGCUGCUGCUGCUGCUGCGGCUAAGCGCCUAACACCAGUCGUUUUAGAGCCCGGAGGAAAAGCUCCUGUGGUGGUGGAUUCGGGGCGUCAAUUUACCAAAACACAGGUUAUUCUCUUUCCACCUCCACAUCUGCCAUAUUGUCAUCAACCCAAAAUCGCCGUUGCCUUCCGCCGCCACCUAUCAAGCCGCUCUCACACCGCCUCACUUCACUGUGCCGUCGCCCGUCAUCUUCGCGUCCCCUAG